AUGAAUAUUUCCAGUAAUCCAACUGAGCGCAUGCAAGAUGCAUCUGAAAUCACAGAGAUGGUUCCGAAUAACCUAGAAAAUGCGCUCUCUGAAAACCACACGCACAUUGAUGUAGAGCCAACAAAGGCAAGCGCGUUUUAUUUGUUCAAAACUACCAUAAUAACAGCAGGCGACCUCAUAGAAAACUGCGGGUUUCUUUUUCUGUAUAUGGCCCUGGCGGAUGGGUGCGUAUACAGCUUUUUGGUGGGGCUGACAACACAGCUUGCAAUUAAUCUGCUAACAACAAUCUGUAUAUACAGGAGCGGCAGCGCAAGCCAGCCCAGAACAGAUACGAACGAAACCGAGCAAACAGUAGAAUCCGGGGCUCAGGAGAAUGAACACAUGCCAAAGGAAGAGAGCGAGUUAUACACAUACAGAGGUGUAUUGUCAAAUUUGCCGAUAUCCAUGAAACGCCUGUUCGCUGCCAUAACCAUUAUAAAAAGCCUGCUUACUGCCGGUAUUCUGGCAUCGAUUCUAGGCGCGCGAAUAUUCAGAAUUUUAAGAAUGGACACAGAACAAAGAACUAUGCCCGUAGACGAGGAUCCGUCUAUUCUUUUCUGGCCUAUUCAAAUAGGCCUUGCAUGUGUCUCAAUUAUUUUUCUCACAAAAAAGACUCUGCUCAGACAAUGCAGUCUCAUAAUAUACACUGCGGUUUUCCUAGGGUUUUUCGUUUUUAUGAUUGCAUACUUUGUCUAUAUGUGCCAUAUAGACAUUCAAGAGGUUUUCUACGGCAUCAAGAGUGUACUGAUCAACGAUACAAAUGGCAUCUCAUUGAGGAGGAUUGCUAGAGGGUUUUCGAUGACUAUCUUCAGUCUUCCGUUUUUUCACGGCACAGCCAAUUUUGCGAUAAGCUCCGAAAGUAAGCUGGAAUGCAAAAAGAUAAGAGUAAUGCAGAUAACCACGUUAAUAGUGAUGACUGUUAUGUACUGUUUUAUUGGGAUUAUCGGGGCUGCUUUGCAAAAUCCCUGCGAACUUAUGCAGAUAGAAGGAGACAUGAUGUUUGGCAUGGUAGAAAUGGUACAUAAUGUGCUGGAGCAAGUCAAAAACCAUCCGACUACUUUGAGCCUGCUGAUUAUUCGGGCCAUGGUAGACUUCGUUGACGCAGGGGUGGCGCUCAUUUUGGUAGGUGCAAUAAUACGGAACAUGACUGUAGUGCACACAAGCAUAUACCAGCCGUGCAAGCGCACACUAUAUGAGAUUGGUGCGCGCUUUUUAGGCUCAAUUGUGAAAGGGAAGCACAUAGCGUUAUUAGUAAGAAUUUUGGUGAGUUUAUUCGUAUGGAUAAUGUCGACAAUACUGGGAUAUAUUCUGAUGAAAAACAGCAUGCAAUAUGUGCUUGAGGUGUGUGGGUUUACAAUUUGGACGAUGCUUUGUGUCGUGUUUCCCUUUGUUGCUAUUGACUUCAACGCAAAUCCCAGGUGCGGGUUGACUUUUCGGGUGGCAAAUAGCAUGGGCUUGAGUUUUUUGGGCUCAUUUGCUGCAUUCACUUCUGUUAUAAUGCUUUUUUCUGCUGUUAUGCCAAUGCUUUUUCGGGCUAUAAUUGAAAAGAUCUGA